CCGGGCACCACCAUGACGCUGCGAACAACGCUCUCAAACACCGCCAUGAGCAUCUCCAGAAGGGGCAGUGCUGUGAGCUCGUCCGCGCGCAAGUACGAUGCGACCAAGCGUGAUAGCAUGCGUGUCUGGAUGCGCAUCAUCGCCAACCUCGUCGUCGUCGCCGCGAUCUACGGGUCGCUCUCGUCCAUGUUCAUCCUCAGCGCCCUCGGCGCCUUUCGCCGCAGCCACCUCACGUACAGCUUUCAAAACGACGGCUGGCGCCCCGUCUCGCAGUCGUGUCUUCUCACGUCCGAUGGGUUUGCUCCCACCUCGUGCUCGUCCGUCGAGUCGAGCUUGCUCGCGACGCCCGCGGCCUGGGUCGCCACCGGCAAUCAGCUCGCCAAGUUGCUCCAAGUGCCGCCACAAACCCAUUGGAAGGUCACCACGUGCAUGGUCGGCUGCACGUCCAAUGUGACGGACACGACACCUGCGUCGCUGCAGCUGCUCGUGGGCUACGACGUCUACCCGCAGUGCAAUCCGAGUGAGGGCAGUCAGUUUAUCGCGGGCAUGGUCUUGCUGGAAGGCGCCGUGGUCGACGAUAUCUAUCCCCACGGCGCGUACCUCUUGACAGUAUUUGCCGAUGCCAGGCAUAUGAACAAAACAACCUUCUUCAUCAACGACGACAGCUCGACCACGCGCGUCAUUCUCGGUGUCGAGCGCGCUCUGAUUGGGCGUGACGGCAGCGCGCAACGCUACCCCGAGGGAACGAACGCUGUCAUCAACUCGUAUCCGCUCGGGCCCCGGUACUCGGUUCGCGCGUCCUGCGUCGCUCAGAUCGUCGACAUCAGCGACCAAGUAAGCAGCCAGCGCGGCUGGAGCACCGGUCGCGAGUCGCAAAAGUCGGUGGUCACUGGAAAAGCGUGCGGGCAUGUGGUCUCCAAUUCGAUCGAGCUCGAGGCGGUGCACGCCAUCUUGGUCAUCAUCACGGUCGUUGGGCUCGGCGGCGACAUGCUCAUGACGUUUGAAGGCCUCAAGGGCGUCCUGCAGCACAAGCCGGUACUGACGUACGACAUUCUCACCGGCGUCGAGCGGCGAAAAGGGCUCCUCUUCAUCGGCGCGAUCAGCGCGUUUCCGGGACUGCUCUUCUACGAUAUCGCGCGCAUUUACGCAGGGCGGUCGAUCGAUUACUGGCUCUGGCUGCUCUCGAUCCUCACGCUUGGCAUCUUCAUUGCGUGGUUUGCACUCUUGCUCUUUCUAAGUCUCCAGUUUGUACCGAGCCCAGCGUCCAUUCGGCACAAGCUCGCGCCGUGGUCGCCCGCGGUCUUCAUCUACAGCGCGAUCCCGGCCAUUGCGCUCAGUGUCUAUGGCUCGUACGAGAGCUUGCACUCGUCGUUUUUUGCGGCGCAGUCGCUCUUGCACAUGAACGUCUCGGGGCGGCUCUGUGGCUGCGGCGCAUACGACGCCAACAGCAUCGAGUCGGCGACGACGCUGACGCUUGGUAACAUUCUUCUGGCCGUUUGCUGCUGCUUUCUCAUGAGCAUCCUCUAUGCGAUGGCCAAGCUGCAGUUUUUCCAGAAAAAGUGCCUCCUCGAUACGACGUGGACGAGACAGAAUGUGUUCUUAGCUCAAUCGACCAUGCCGUACUGGUUUACGGGCCUCCCAUUGGACCAAGCCGAUGCGAUCAAGAUUGGCAACAAGCUCUUUUGCAAGCCGAGCAUGCAAGCCCGCAUGGGCCUCGCCGCGGUCGUCGUGGCGCCCGAGAUGCGACGCAUUCUCGUCGCCAAGGAGGCAAAAGUCAUCGACCCCGGGCCCGAAGACGUGGUUUAUCUCGUGAGCGUCUACGAUCUUGUGUGGGGCAUUCUUCCCCGGUACCUCCGGCUGUACAUGCCGCAAGUGCAAAGCGAAAUCGUCAAGAACGUGCUCACGGCGCCGACCAAGAAGCGCCUCCAGCGCCAUAAGACAUACAAGUACAGCCGGGGCACGUGUGUUGGAUGACAAUCGUGUGCAUUGCUACAUGG